CUCUCGAACAAUAGCCACGGAGGAGUCGCAACAUCUCCAAGCAGGAGAGGUCUUUUUCAGUCACUCACGGAGUCUGGUCAGUGUGGGGGUGCAUUUUGGUAGUUGUGGGACAUUUUUUUGUGCGACGGUAAUGCCAGGCAGGUGCCCAUUGUUGCGCUCCUUGGAACAUUCUGGGUGCUCACGAAAGUAAGGAAUUCUCUGUGUUUAUGCCCGCUAAAGUGUGUGCACGAGGUGUGACGAUGCUGAGUGGGGUGUGGAAUUGAAAUUGCUUCAAGGUGUCAUUUUUGCGUGACUCUCGGAGGUGCGCCAUAUGUGAAGAAUCGUGAGGUGGCAGUGCAAGAAGAACUUUCCUCCCGUAAACACAUACGCGCAUUGAGCAAUGGAGCUUUUCCAUAUGGCACUGAGGAUCACCUGUGGGAUCAUCCUUGUCUCCCUGGCGAGGAUGACGAUGGCUAAGCACGCUCCCAUUGGACGGUAUCCCAUUCUCAUGCCCAACGUCCAUCCAGACAGGCCUGAAUUGUACCUCUGUACACCUGUUAAAGUGGACUACACAAAAAAUUACUACAUUGUGGGCUUUGAACCCAAUGCUACGAUGAAUACAGCCCAUCAUAUGCUUCUCUAUGGAUGCGGAAAGCCCGGCACAAAUCGCCCUGUUUGGGAUUGCGGGGAGAUGUCACGGCACAUGAUGAUGAAUGAGUACGACGAUGAAUCCUUCAGUCCGUGCGGAAAGGGAGCACACUCCCAAAUAAUCUACGCCUGGGCCAGGGAUGCUCCCAAGUUGGAGCUUCCCGAUGGAGUUGGCUUCAAGGUGGGCCUUGACUCGCCCAUUAAGUACAUCAUCCUGCAGGUUCACUAUGCUCACGUUGAUCAGUUCAAAGACGGAAGCCGCGACGAUUCUGGCAUCUUCAUUCACUACACUUUGGAACCAAUGCCAAAGCAAGCAGGAGUCCUACUACUGGGUACAGCUGGGGAAAUCCUCCCACAUAGUGUGGAGAAAAUGGAAGCAUCGUGCGAUAUAACGGAACACAAGGAAAUUCAUCCAUUUGCCUACAGAACCCACACCCACGGGCUUGGGAAGGUUGUUUCGGGGUAUCGUGUACGGCGAGAUGAUCAAGGUGUCGAUCACUGGACUCUCCUGGGCAAGAGGGAUCCCCUCACACCGCAAAUGUUCUACCCUGUUGAAAAUCGCGAACCAAUUCGCUUUGGGGAUCGCCUCGCGGCACGAUGCACCAUGAAGAGCGAUCGGGAUACCAUCACGAGAAUUGGUGCAACGAAUGAGGACGAAAUGUGCAAUUUCUACUUGAUGUACUACGUAAAUAAUGAUGAGCCCCUCAAUACAAAGUACUGCUUCUCCAUGGGACCGCCGCAGUAUCGCUGGGAAUUCCCAAGUUCCGACCUAAACAACAUUCCUGACAUUGCUGCCAGUACGUUGUAGGUGGGGGAUUGGCGUCAAAUUGAAAGUAAAAAUCACAUCAAAGUGCAACGCAGGGUAGCCAAAAGAAGCACAAAAAAAUGAAAUAAAAAAAUAAGGGAAACUAAUUACUAAGAAAAUCACAGCCUGGACUCUAAAAAAAUCUACAGAGAAAUAUUCCAAAAUUUUCCCGCCAUAUUUCGUAAGUUUCUGGAGAAAAUAAAGAAAUUCCUCCCAAUCAAAGGGAAUUCAUCAAUUCAACAAAUGAAAUCAUAUCUUUGAGUGAAAUUUUAAUGAUGGAAGAAGCGCAGCUAUUUUAGAGUAGAUUUUUAGAUUGGACAAUUUUCACAAUAUGAGUAAAAUCCCUUUUAAAGGUGGAGGCUGAUGGAGUUGAUUUAUAUAUAUUUUUCUAUAAAAAUAACUAUAAAUUAUAUAUAAAUGUACCUUCCCCAAUCACUUUUUCCCUAUUCUCUAUGACUCUAUUGCAUUAGAUUGCAAACCUAUGAAAAAGAAACUUUACACUGUGAAUAUCCCAAUAUCGAUUUCUCACAAUGAUCUAGUCAGAGAUAAAAAAAAAUAAAAAUAUAUAUAUAUUAAAAGAAAAAACCUUUAAAAAAGAAUAUAAAAUGAUGUUAGGACAUACAUAAGAAACUAUAAAAAGUAAGAUUAAAAAAAGAAUGAAGUAAAAAUUAAAACAAAAAUAAAUUUAAAUGUGAAGAAAAAUGAUUUUAUCUUCAAGAAUGGUUCUAUUAAAUAUUGUCCAAGCGUUGAGCGAUGGUACAACAUUCAAUCAGGAAGAAAUGGGUUGUUUUAUGUGUGAAGAAUGGCAUUUAUAUUUACAAAGAGAUUUGUGUCUAAAAAAAGGACCGAUUGUGGGCUGUUGAGAGGAAAUUUUAAAUUUAUAUUUAAUUCCUCAAAUCGUUGGAAAAUUAAUGAAAAGAAGAGAAAGUUGAAUAGAUUGAUAAGAUAUCAAUUAUUUUUCUGUAUAAAACAUUCCUAUUAUUGUAUAUCAAAUAUUAUUAUUAAAUUUAUCUAUAAACCUUUAGAA